AUGACUAAGAAAAAUUAUUAUGAAUACAUAAAUCAUAUCUAAUAUUAACCAUAAUUAUAAAAUUUAUCUUUAAGACUUUUCUAUAAAUACGAUUCAUAUCCAUAAGAAAUGGUAAUAUUCUUCUUUUAAAGUAUGGAUAAUUCCUUAUUAAAAGUAACAGCCCUAUUUGGAUAGAAUUUAUUAAGGAUUGCACAUUAAAUGAUAAUGAUUUAGAGAGUGAAUAUGAAUAAAAAUUAGCAUAUUCUAUCUAUCAUAUUAUAUUAUCAAGUAAUUUAUAUUUAAUUUAUUUAGAAUAACUAGUUUACAAAUUUUAUUAACAUAUACUGAAAGCUGAAAAUCUCUUAGAUCUUGCUUACUAAUAGAGAUAAACCUCUAGACUAGAAUGCUAUCAGUAAGUUAAUGAGGGAUUUGAGUGCGUAUAAUAUCAUUAACAACAGCUAAAAGAAUUCUAUGCCAAAUGUCUUAAACUAAAACCUCAUUGAUUUAAUUAAAUUAGAUAUAUAUAUAAUAUAGACUACCUUAACUUAUUGAAUAGCAAUUGUAAUUCUUUGAAGAUUUCAUUGCUAUAGGUUGCUUGGGCAUCACGGCCAUAUUAAAAAAUAAGACCAAAUCAUGUUUCACUGUCAAUAUAGUAUGGAUUUAUACUUUUAUUUCUCUAUUUAAACUAAAAACACAUUUAUGAUUCUCAUUAUGAUACAGUAAUGAUGCCCUUGAUUAUAGGGUUAAGUAUUCAUUCUAAAUAUCCUAUUCCACUUUCUUUGCUUAAAUUCGUAAAUUUUUUUAUUAGUGAUUUAUUCUGGUCUUCAAUUUUAAAGUAUUAAUUGGUCAAAGUACAAACUAUAUAAUUAAUAUUAGUUCAAUUUUGUUUGUUUGGAUUCACUCUCAAUAGAAAGAGUAAAAAUAUAGAAUACUUGCUUUUUGGGGAUUGGUUUUUGA